GUCUCCGGCUCUCGCCACACAAAAGCGAACGUCCCCAACAACUCGGCGAUUCGUGGCCCCAACUCCGCGACAGAAAACUGUUUGCGUGGAUUAUGAAGAUUUCGUUUUCAAUUCGACGCCAAUUGAACUAAUCUACGCGUGUGCCCAGUGCCGAAUAAAGAGAAAACUAAACUAUCGGCCAGCGAUUCGGUUGCGACUUGCUCUUCUUGGCAAAAGUUCUCAUCACACAUCCGCGUUCACAUCCGCAGGCCAGCCGAAAAAAAACAAAUACAACACCCGGAGCCGGAGCAUGGACGACCUAGAUGCUCUCCUAGCUGAUCUGCAGAACAGUGUGCCAGGCCAUCCACAGCCACCUCAGCCACAAUAUGGCACCGUCCAGCCCAAGUCACAACCCUUGCAGCAGCAAUAUGUGGACAACACCCCCGGAUAUGGAAGCUUGAGGGGCAAGGCACAGCCUCAGUUGUAUCAGGAGCACUACAACGUGGAGACUCGAUCACCUACGGCGGGAGAUUACAAUGGCUCCUCGGCUAUUCCCAGUUACGCCAAUCAGGGAUCCCUGCCACGCCAGACUGCCGGUAACUCGGGACUCUCGGAGUUGGACUCUCUGUUGCAGGACUUGCAAAAUGCUCGUUACAAUGGAUCAGACAAAAAGGAAGUCGAUGUGCCCGUCAACUACAGCACUCCAGUCUCUAAGUACAACACCUACAACAGCUAUGCCACCGUGGAGGAGCGUCCCACCGUGGACAGCCUGCUGAAUGAGCUAGACAAUGCCCACAUCUAUGCCGUGCCCAAUGGAUCGGCACACAAAUCACCGACGCCGGGACGCCAUGUCACCAUCACGGUGCGUGAAACCAAGACGGAGAAGCUAACAGGUCCCGAUGGUCCAGUUGGCACGGUGGAGGAGCAGAUAGUGCAGCAGAAGGACUCGUAUACGCCCAAUCAUGCUGUUCCGGGUCAACAGGUUCACCAGGCAUACACGUCCCAGGCCACCAAGGAGUUGGAUGACCUGAUGGCAUCCCUAUCCGAUUUUAAGGUCAGCAACGGAAGCAACGGUAUCGGCAACGGAAACGGAACCGGACCAGGAACAGGAACAGGCAACCACCACUCCCAGCAACACUCAUCGACGCUGCAACACCAAACGGUGACCGACUACGCCAGACCGAACAAGGGCAGCCAACAGGCACAUCUCACCCAGACGAUCGAGGAGACGACCAUCGUCGAGGACAGUCGCGAGGAUCAGUUGGAUUCUAUGCUAGGAAACCUACAGGCCAAUAUGAGUCGCCAAGGAGUCAACACUGUACAGAAGGGCUGCUGCAAUGCCUGCGAGAAGCCGAUCGUCGGCCAGGUGAUCACCGCCCUGGGCAAGACCUGGCAUCCGGAGCACUUUACGUGCAACCACUGCAGCCAGGAGCUGGGCACCCGCAACUUCUUUGAACGCGACGGCUUCCCCUACUGCGAGCCCGACUACCACAAUCUGUUUAGCCCACGGUGUGCCUACUGCAACGGCGCCAUCCUGGACAAGUGCGUCACGGCGCUGGACAAGACCUGGCACACGGAGCACUUCUUCUGCGCCCAGUGCGGCCAGCAGUUCGGCGAGGAGGGCUUCCAUGAGCGCGACGGCAAGCCCUACUGCCGCAACGACUACUUUGAGAUGUUUGCCCCGAAGUGCAAUGGCUGCAACCGGGCCAUCAUGGAGAACUACAUCUCGGCGCUGAACUCGCAGUGGCAUCCCGACUGCUUUGUCUGCAGGGACUGUCGGCAGCCAUUCCAGGGUGGCUCUUUCUUUGACCACGAGGGACUGCCCUAUUGCGAGACCCACUACCACGCGAAGCGCGGCUCCUUGUGCGCCGGAUGCUCCAAACCGAUCACCGGACGCUGCAUUACGGCCAUGUUCAAGAAAUUCCAUCCGGAACACUUCGUCUGCGCCUUCUGCUUGAAGCAACUGAACAAGGGAACGUUCAAGGAGCAAAAGGACAAGCCAUACUGCCACACCUGUUUCGACAAGAUAUUCGGUUGAAUUCGCAGCUGCCAAAACUCUAGUUACGGAUAUAAUACUGUUUUUUAUACGAUCUACGACUCCCCUUUGUACCAACACGCCGCCAAUGCCCCCAUACACACAUACUUACCGUGCAUCUGUGCUUUUUAUAACCAAGUCAAAUUAGUAAUUUAAUUAACGUCGAUCGAACAGGCUACGAUGAAAAUAAUAAAAUGGCAAUCGUAACCAAUUAGCGGACACUAAUCCUAAUCAAAUUACAUUACAUAUGUUGGUCACUUUGAUAUUGCUUCUCGUUUGAAAAGAAAAAGACCGCAAAAUGAUAAAUAAAUCAAAUAUGAGAAAG